UUUGAUAUGCUGCACACUCCACUCAGAAUGGCGCAUCAUUACAUUUACAGCACCUUGUACCACAGAUUCCUCAAGUAUCAACUUUCCCUGGCAGAGCAAUGUUGACAGACUAUGAUUCAAAAGGAAGUGGAAGCACCUGUAUCCGAUGGUAUAAAGAUGCCCUUCAGGAGAUGGGGUUUCUGGGGAGGAUUGGUGCCUGUCAUCUGGAUGUGUUUUCAAGGUUUCCAUUAACAACCAUGAAGAUAUCUUGCAGGUUAUUUUCCUAUCUACAGUUUCCUAAAGUUACACAAUGUCUUAUUUUACAACUAAGAGGCACUGGUAGACAAAUAGGACAGUUCAGGAGCUUAACAUCAGACCCGGUAACUACUACAGCAUUAUCUGACUCUGAAGUCUUUGGGAAAUUCUACCCCCGGGAUCAUUAUACCAAUGUUACAUCAAAGAUUCUGUCGAAAGUAGGGAGAAACUUGCACAACCAACGAAACCAUCCAUUGUGGCUAAUUAAAGAACGCAUUAAGGACUAUUUCUACAGAAAUUAUCUUAAUCGCAUUGGGAACCCAUUGUUUUCAGCCUACGAUAACUUGUCUCCAGUGGUUACCAUAGAGCAGAAUUUCGACAGCCUGCUUAUACCACCAAAUCACCUCAGUAGGAAGAAAGGCGACAACUUUUUCCUGAAUGAAACUCACAUGUUGCGGGCCCACACUUCAGCCCACCAGCGGGAUCUCAUCCGCGCAGGCUUGGAUGCCUUCCUGAUCAUCGGGGAUGUCUAUCGGAGAGAUGAAGUUGACAGCAGCCACUACCCAGUCUUUCAUCAAAUGGAAGGAGUCAGACUGUUUUCGAAGUAUGAGCUCUUUACCAAUGUCCAAAAUGGAGAAGACCUUUGUAUCUUUGAGAAGGGAUAUCGCUCACAGCACAAGCAAGAGAGUCACACACUGGAAGCAGUUAAACUCGUUGAGUUUAACUUGAAGCAGACGCUGAAUAAAGUUAUGACGCACCUUUUUGGAGAAGGACUGGAGAUUAGAUGGGUAGAUUGCUACUUUCCUUUCACACACCCUUCCUUUGAAAUGGAGAUCAAGUUCCAGGGAGAGUGGAUGGAGGUCCUGGGGUGUGGAGUUAUGGAACAGCAACUGGUGAAUUCAGCUGGUGCUCAGGACAGGAUUGGCUAUGCAUUUGGCCUGGGGCUGGAGAGACUGGCUAUGAUUUUGUACAGUAUACCAGAUAUCCGCCUGUUCUGGAGUGAAGACGAGCGGUUUUCCAAACAAUUCCAGGUCGCUCAUGUUGACCAGAAAGUCUCAUUUCAGCCCCUUAGCAAGUAUCCGAUGCUGACCAAUGACAUCUCUUUUUGGAUUCCGCCCGAGGGAUACGAAGAAAAUGAUUUCUACGAUUUGGUGAGAAAUAUCGCUGGUGACCUGGUGGAGAAGGUCAACCUCAUUGACAAGUUCGUACAUGCCAAGACUAAAAGGGUCAGUCACUGCUAUCGGAUUACCUACCGCCAUAUGGAACGAACACUCACGCAAGAUGAGGUGAGCCUCACUCACCAGGCCAUACAAAGAGCGACCGUGCAGAAUCUGGGAGUGGAAGGCAGAUUUUAAAUUCAAGAAAGUGAAUGCAGCUUUGGUUGAAAUUCUUUUUUCCUUAAAAAUAAAAGUGGAGAUUUUUUGCUUGAGCUAUGAUUAAGGGCAGAUUUGAUUCCUGUAAAGCUAAUCAUUGGAUCAAUGUGUAUAGUAUUAUGCCUGCCUGCGUGCAUGCAUGUGUGUAGAGACACUAGUCUUCAUUUAUAAAAGGAACAUGCUUAUA